CUCCACUCAUAAAAAUAUUAGUAGUAUAUUCCUACUUACAGUUACAGGUCAUAAAAAUAUUAGUGUCCAUUCUUCAUAUAAGUGACACUUUCCCGUCAGUCAGACACGGCAAACGCUUUCUGCCAGCACUCGUCAACUAGUCGAGCCAUCAAGUAAUACAGCAAAAUUUCUACACAUCUAAUCAUACUGCAAAAGCUCAGGAUCACAAGUUGAGAACUGCAACAGCAACACACCCAUGGAUCCAUCUCCCCGCCAAUGUCAUGCACACACACUCCUCCUCCUCCUGUGCACCAGCGUCCUCGUUUUCCUCUCAAACAACUCAGCGUUCUCGUCGGCACAGCCCGGCAACAGGUCAGAGGCUGACCGCCAAGCCCUGCUCUGCUUCAAAUCCGGCAUCUCCGACGACCCUCGCCGCGUCCUCACGUCAUGGAGCGCCGACUCGCUCAGCUUCUGCGGCUGGCGAGGGGUCAGCUGCAGCUCCAGCCUCCCACUCCGAGUGCUGUCCCUAGAACUAAGGUCUGUGCGGCUCCACGGAACACUGCUACACAAUUGCAUGGCGAACCUCACUUCGCUGGUGAGGUUGGAUCUUUCAGGCAACCAUAUUUCCGGAACCAUACCUGAGGAGGUGGCCACGCUUCCAGGCCUCCAGACUCUGAUGCUUGCCGGCAACAUCCUUUCAGGUAGCAUCCCUCCGUCACUGGGUGUAGCAUCACCUUCUCUUAGGUAUGUUAAUCUUGCAGGAAAUAAUCUUAGCGGAGUUAUUCCUGAUUCCUUACCCAAAGCUCCAUCGCUUCGUGUGCUGAACCUGUCCAUGAAUAUCCUAGCGGGAAUGAUCCCAGUUACCAUAUUCAACAGUAAUUCAUCCAAACUUGUCACAGUGGACCUCCAGCUGAAUCAUCUUACUGGACCCAUUCCUUCCCUCCAAAACCCCACGUCUCUGCAAUUUCUUGGCCUUACUGGAAACGUUCUUUCUGGAAGGGUUCCACCAUCCUUAGGAAAUGUUUCAUCCUUAAACACCAUCCUGCUGGCAGAGAACAACUUGUCAGGACCGAUUCCAGAAGCCUUAGGCCAUAUCCUGAACUUGAACAUUCUAGAUCUAAGUGAAAACAUGUUAUCAGGGAAUGUCCCUCGUUUCCAGAAAGCCACCUCUCUGCAACUUCUUGGCCUUAAUGGAAAUAUUCUUUCUGGAAGGAUUCCAGCAUCCUUAGGAAAUGUUUCAUCCUUAAACACCAUCCGGCUGGCAUACAACACCUUGUCAGGACCGAUUCCAGAAGCCUUAGGUCAUAUCCUGAACUUGAACAUUCUAGAUCUAAGUGAAAACAUGUUAUCAGGGAAUGUCCCAGCGGCGAUAUACAAUGUCUCAUCAUUCAGAUAUCUUCACUUGGGCAACAAUUUGCUUGAUGGGCAGAUACUUCCUAACACUGGCCACUCACUCCCAAACCUCAUGUCACUGAUCAUGAGAGGCAACAGAUUCACUGGAGUGGUCCCGUCUUCACUGGCCAACAUGUCAAAGCUCCAAGAAAUAGAUCUCUCAAGAAAUUUACUAAACGGCUCGGUUCCAUCUCUAGGAUCCCUGAGCAACUUGAGUCGACUGAUUCUUGGAAGCAACAUGCUGCAGGCCGAAGACUGGGUGUUUCUGACCUCUCUGACAAAUUGCAGCCAACUAUCAAUGUUAUCCAUAGACGGGAAUUCUCUGGAAGGAAGCCUUCCAGAAUCAGUCGGCAAUCUUUCGAGAAACCUGGAACGGCUUAACUUUAGAGGUAACUGGAUUUCAGGAACGAUACCAGCUGCGAUAGGCAACCUUGUGAAUCUCACUCUGCUUGCCAUGGACCACAACAUGCUUUCAGGAAGCAUUCCCUCAACUAUUGGUAAUCUAAAAAACUUGGUUGUCCUAGCACUGUCCACGAAUAGAUUGUCAGGUGAAAUGCCAUCGACAAUUGGCGAUCUCCCUCAGCUGAACCAGCUUUACAUGGACGAUAACUUGUUGUCCGGAAACAUACCGGCAAGUCUAGGACAGUGCAAAAGGUUGAAUAUGUUAAACUUAUCAGUCAAUAACCUUGAUGGAUCCAUACCAAGUGAAAUCCUGAACAUUUCUUCGCUUUCUUUAGGGUUGGACUUGUCAAACAACAACCUUAAUGGAACAAUACCGCCACAGAUCGGAAACCUGAUCAAUCUCGGCCUGCUGAAUGUUUCCAGCAACAGAUUAUCUGGUGAGAUACCAACUGAACUUGGACAGUGUGUUUUAUUGUCAUACCUUCAGAUGGAAAGCAACAUGUUUAGUGGGAUUAUUCCUCAGUCUCUCAGUGAACUAAAGGGCAUAGAGCAGAUGGAUCUCUCUGAAAACAACUUGUCAGGUCAAAUUCCAGAAUUCUUCGAGAGCUUCAGGACCUUAUAUCACCUUGAUCUGUCACACAACAAACUGGUAGGACCAAUUCCAACCAGUGGUAUCUUCACAAAUCCAAAUGCUGUCAUGUUGGACGAUAACUUAGGAUUAUGUCAACAAAGUACCAUAUUUGCAUUGCCGAUCUGCCCCACCACAUCAUCAGUAACAAAAAGGAAAAACGAUGCACGCCUGCUGCUCAUAGUAGCCCCACCGGCUACUAUCGCUUUGUUGUCAUUUUUAUGUGUUCUUGCCACUGUUACGAAAGGAAUAGCAACCCAACCACCUGAAAGCUUCAGAGAGACAAUGAAGAAGGUGUCAUAUGGGGACAUUCUUAAAGCCACAAAUUGGUUCUCUCCAGUCAACAAGAUUAGCUCAAGUCAUACGGCAUCAGUAUACGUUGGCCGCUUUGAGUUUGAUACAGACCUUGUUGCCAUCAAGGUAUUUCAUCUCGACGAGCAAGGUUCCCUUAAUGGCUUUUUCAAUGAGUGUGAAGUCUUAAAGCAGACCCGCCAUCGCAAUCUAAUUCAAGCAAUCACCUUGUGCUCGACAGUAGAUUUUGAGAACAACGAAUUCAAAGCUCUAGUAUAUGAGUUCAUGGCAAAUGGUAGCCUAGACAUGUGGAUACACCCAAGUCUGCACCAAGGUAGACGAAGGAGGGUGCUAAGUUUAGGUCAACGAAUUAGUAUCGCCGCAGAUGUGGCUUCUGCUCUUGACUAUCUGCACAACCAGUUGAUACCUCCAUUGAUCCACUGUGAUUUAAAGCCUAGCAAUGUUCUUUUGGAUUAUGACAUGACCUCACGCCUUGGUGACUUUGGGUCAGCAAAGUUUCUCUCUUCAAGUCUUACUAGCAGCAGUCCAGAAGGCUUUGUUGGCGCCUCAGGAACAAUUGGGUAUAUUGCACCUGAGUAUGGAAUGGGAUGCAAAAUCUCAACCGAUGCUGAUGUUUAUGGUUUUGGAGUGCUCCUGCUAGAAUUGCUCACAGCAAAGCGACCAACUGACGAAAUAUUUGGCAACGACCUCAGCCUUCACAAGUAUGUGGAUAUAGCAUUCCCUGAUAAAAUCGAUGAGAUUUUAGACCCGCAGAUGCAAAAUGAGGGCGAAGUUGUUUGUAAUCUACGCAUGCAAAACUAUCUCAUACCACUGGUUGAAAUUGGCCUGAUGUGCUCCAUGGAAUCACCAAAAGAUAGACCAGGAAUGCAAGCUGUUUGUGCCAAAAUUAUUGCCAUCCAGGAAGCGUUUAUUCAAACCUUUUGAUAAAAGGCAAGGUGACAAUAAAGAUGCAUGGAAUUUUGGGAAGGCAUAAUGUAAGAAGGCCAGAGGCGAGCAUUAUUCAAACCAUCUGGAGAAAAGUACCAUGCAGUUUAACAAGAAUGGAGCUCAACCUGCUAAACAGAACUGGGAUAAAGUACGGCGAAAGAUUUAAGGUGGGCAGCUAAAUUUCUUAUUCUCCAGCAAAAAGUUGAAAGACUGAGGCUAGGCGAUGGUCAGUUAACUUGCCAAACACUGUUGAGAUUGCGAUAUGUAGAAUCAUUUUUAUAGUUACUUGUUUUUCUCAUCCAGUUGUGGCUUCCAAGGAAUGAAGAACUGUCUAACGAAUCUAUAUUUUUUCUGCAAAUUGCAUUGUAUGAUGUUCCUCUAAUGGAUUUUUUUUUCUUUUUGAAAGAUCUCCUAGAGUGGAUUGCAAGCUAGGCAAGUUAGGACCUGUUUGGGAGAGUUUCAACUCCAAAAAGAUGAAACUAGAGCACCUUAAAAACCAGUUUGGCUUGCUACGUAGCUUCAAAUCCAGCAAAUGCAGGUUUUGGUUGGAAUGCGCAAUAUGCCCUUGGGAGAUCAACAUAGAAGAACAAAUUCCUCUAACGCAAGGGCUGUGAUGACAAUGAAAUAUUGGGCGUGAUUUUAUUAGGAAACAGGAUAUACCACCUCUAUUCUAUUCUACCUGUUCUUUCACUAUUGACGAACAGUCUUCAAAAAACUUCUGUUUAUCAAUAACAAAAAAAUGGUAGAUAUAUGACAAAUAUACUAA